GCAGCCAAACCAGAGUUUCCGUGUACAACACACUCAACAAAUUAAUUAGUUUAUAUACUCCUCAGUAAACAAUUUGUUCGUUUAAUAAACCCUAAACCACACUCCUUCCAAAGAUGUUGGGAUUAAACCGUCUCAACUCAGCCGAUCGCCUCGCCGCUCUCUUCGUCGCCGCCGCCGCCACCUAUCUGAUACGAACCGUUAGGAGUCGCAACACUUGUACGAGGAAAAGGCUGCCGCCGGAGCUCGUGACGAUGACCACGUACGCGCACGGCGGCGUAUGCGAUGUGGUUAGCAACACUUAUAAGCGGAAAACGCUGCCUGCGGAGCUCUCGAUGAAUGUGCCGAUUCUCACGUGCGAGUCAGCCGCAAACGGCGGCGUAUGCGAUGUGUAUUUGGUUGGAACCACGCACUUUUGUCCGGAAUCUUGUCGACGCGUUCGGGAUGUCAUACGAUUCUUGAAACCACAGGUUGUUUUCAUGGAAUUAUGCCCUAAACGCAUUGGUCUACUUACGCCUGACAAGAAUAAUGGUAAAAUUACAGAAUUUCAAGUGGCAUAUGAGGAAGCAAUGGAAUAUGGUGCCAAAAUUAUACUUGGUGAUCGACCUUACGAGAUUACAUGCAAGAGAAUACGGGUCAUGGCGUUUCUUUGGGAUAUUAUCCGAUGUUUUCUAGGAACUUUUCCAACUGAUGAGGAUGCACUUAAGACGAUGGGCGAAAAGAAUGAUCAGAUGGACAAGAUGUUUCCUACUUUGAUGGAAACCUUACUUCAUGAGCGAGAUCGAUAUAUGUCGACCAAUUUAUUAGAAGUAGCAUCCAAACAUAACUCAGUUGUUAUUGUCGUUGGAGAGGCCCACUUACAAGGAAUUCAGAAGAACUGGAAACAACAUGUUGAUAUGAAGGAACUUCUUCAUGUACCGAGAUUUGGAGGCUUUGUUGGGGAGGUCCUAUUGUCUUUUAUUUUUCAUUGCCUAUAUUAUUAAUUAGUUAUUCAUUUUCGUUAGAAUUUCUAACUCUACUAUAGAGAUUGUGAUGUUCUUAAGAGAUGUUUUAUGUCCUUAUUAGACAUUUUCUCUUGAAAUCUGUUUUUAUAUAAAUAUAUAGGGGCGGUCUCCAGUAAGACCCCAUAUUUUUCGUGUAAAUUGUGAAAUUUCACCACAUAUCAAAUU